UCACUCACUCGCUAUCUCUCCGUCCCUCCGUCUGCCGCGCACGACGUAACGCAGAGCCGUCAGUUAGAGCAAAAAAACGCGGACCGGAUUAGUCAACCGUAAUUAGCGUCACGAGUUUUGCACGCCGACGGGCACGCUGUCAAAACGUCGGCCCGGGGGAAGCCCGGCCGCGCGAUCGCUAACAACUCGUUGCAUUGCGUUGCGCGCUCCUCCGCUUUCGCAACAAAAUGUAAAUCGGAGUAAAAAUUCUGCCGCGUCACCCCGCGGGCAAGUUUCUCUGUUCUGUCGGCUUAACCCUCGAGCUCCCGUGACUUUCGGUGUGUAAACAAGCGAACGCGCCCGGUCGUUCUAUUGUGAACGCGCGCACGUUCGUUUUGCUCGUUCGCUGCUCGCUCGCGUCCGGUCGAAAUAGAUACCCACUUUCAUUAGAUAAACGUGUUACCGGGCGUUCACGCACGCCGCUAGAGUGACGCGAAUCCAGAUGCAAAACGAUCCCGACGUUGCCUGCCAAACAGUUCUCUCGAGCAUUAGAUACCGGUAACAUCAGUCUCGAGUGGGAUUGCUGAGGAUAAAAGAAACAGUGAAAAAUUCCAUUUCGCGGAGCUCCGGCGCCGGAAUUCUCACCGACACACACGCACGUGCGACAAGUUUUCGCUGAUUCGGUUUUCGGUGGAUCUGCUGCCAAAGGUGAAGCUUCGCAGCUGGGUAUGCUACUGGCAAAUGUGAAAAGGGCGUGUCUGCUUCUGACGGCGAUCCACGUUUUGCUCGUCGAUAAGAACGCCGAUGCGGAGACCUUCACUUUGGGAUACAUCACCGGCUCCAAGCGACGUCCAGACGACUUCGAGUACCAGCGGCCGGGCUUCCGCAUCUCCGGGGCUAUGACUCUCGCCGUGGAGGAGGUAAACGCCGGCGAGCUUGGUAGACGCGGCCACAAGCUCGAUUUUGUGGUGGCGGAAACUUACGGCGAGGAGGAGACCAGCAUUUUGAACACGGCGGUUCUCUGGAAAAGAAACAUCAGCGCUUAUAUCGGGCCGCAGGAGACGUGCAUUCACGAGGGCAGAAUGGCGGCCGCAUUCAACAUCCCGAUGAUAUCCUAUUUUUGCACGCAUCGCGAGACGUCGAACAAAAAGAAAUACCCGACAUUCGCGAGAACACGGCCGCCCGACACACAAAUCUCAAAAUCCGUCGUCUCGGUGCUGAAGGCGUUUAAUUGGACCAAAGUGACUUUCAUGUACAUGAACUCGACCGUGUACGAAUUCAACCGAAUGUCAACGGUCGCGACGACGAUCUUAGCGUCCUUCGAAGCGGCUGGCAUUAGUCUGAAUCAUCUACGUUGCUGGGAAGAGCCGUAUUAUGCGACGCACAUGGAGAAUCCAUUCCAUAAGCAUGUUAAGGAAACGUACGCGGACACGCGGAUUUACGUAAUACUCGGCCAACAUUAUGAGCACAUGGGUCUGUUGAUGGCUCUGGACGAAAAGAAUCUUUUGGAAAAAGGCGAAUAUUGGGUUGUCGGUGUCGACAUCAAGCAAUACGACGAGGAGCGACCUGACAAAUAUGUCCGUGGACACUGGCAGCGGAACACGAAUCUAUCGAUGAAGGCGUACCGUAACUUUUUCAGUAUUGUCGCAUCAACUCCGAUCGACAUUAUGAACUUUACGCGGCGGGUCAACGAGUACAGGCAGAAACCGCCGUUCAAUUUUACAAACCCGUUGGAGAAAAUGGGAGGAAUAGUUCAGAUUGUGCCGGAGACGGCGUACCUGUACGACGCGGUGCACCUUUACGCGAGAUCGCUGCUGCACGCCCUGGACGAGAAGCGGGACCCACGGAACGGCCGGGAGAUGGUGUCGGCGCUGCACGGGGUUCAUUAUCAGAGCGCGAGGGGAUACAUGGUGUACAUGGAUGAGAAUGGAGACGCCGAAGGCAAUUACACGCUGAUUGCAUUGGACGACAGACCCACGAGGGGGUGCGGGCUUUAUCCGAUAGCGUACUUCGUCGGGAAAGAGCAGGGCACAAAUUUACCGAAGCUGCGAUUGACCAAGCAGAUAUCAUGGGUUGGGAACGGACCGCCGGUCGCGGAGCCUUACUGCGGGUAUCACGGUGGAAAGUGCAAAUCUCAUACCGGCGAGAUCGUGGGAGGCAUCGUCGGCGGAUUGGCGUUCAUUAUCACGGCGGUUGUUUUGAUCCUCUACAGAAACUGGAAGUACGAACAAGAAUUGGAUUCCUUACUCUGGAAGGUGAACUACAAGGACAUCCAGAUUAAGGAGCAGAAGAAGGACGAAGCGGCGGGAGCCAACGAGGCGCCUGCCAAAUGCAAUUCCAAGCCGCCAACAGCACAACCCAUAGUGCGAACCAGCCAAGUCUCAUUGAGUUCGAAUCCCGACGCGGACUUCCGAUACUCCAUGAUUUACACGCAAAUUGGCGUAUACAAAGGACGGAUAUUCGCCGUGAAGAAAGUCAGGAAGAAAUCGAUCGAGAUCACGCGGGAAAUGAAAAAAGAACUGAAAAUGAUGCGCGAUUUACGGCAUGACAACCUCAUCUCCUUCAUUGGUGCAUGCACCGACCCACCCAAUAUCUGCAUCGUCGUUGAGUACAGCGCUCGUGGUAGCCUCAAGGACAUACUUGAGAACGAAGACAUAAAACUCGAUAAUAUGUUCAUGGCGUCCCUCGUCGGCGACAUCAUUAGAGGUAUGAUCUAUCUGCACGAGUCGGUCAUAAAGUACCACGGAUCGCUGAGCACAUCGAACUGCCUGGUGGAUUCGCGGUGGGUCGUAAAGCUGGCGGAUUUCGGUCUCCACGAAUUCAAGCGCGACGCGGAAUGCGAUCCCAGCGACGUCAUAAAAAAAUAUCACGGAUUACUAUACAAGGCGCCCGAGUUAUUGCGCUCCAACGGUCUCAGUGAGCCAAGCGCUCGUGAUUUUCAAAAAGGAGAUGUCUACUCGUUCGCCAUAGUGCUGUACGAGCUGCAAGGCAGGCACGGGCCCUUCGGCGUCACGCAACUGUCAGCGGCCGAGAUACUGAAGAAAGUAAUCGCGAAAGAUCCUGAAACAUCAGCAUUUAGACCGCCUCUGGAGCAACUGGAGAACACGUUUGAUUUCGUUCGCGACUGCUUGCUGGAGUGCUGGGCGGAAAAUCCGGACUACCGGCCGGAUUUCAAAAUUAUUAGGAACAAAUUGAGACCGCUGCGGAAGGGCAUGAAAGCGAACAUCUUCGACAAUAUGAUGUCGUUAAUGGAACAAUACGCGAAUAAUCUCGAAGCUCUCGUCGAUGAGCGCACGGAUCAGUUGACCGAAGAGAAGAAGAAAACAGACGCGUUGCUGUACGAAAUGUUACCGCGUUACGUGGCCGAGCAAUUAAAAAAGGGACACAAAGUGGAGGCUGAAAGUUUCGAUUGCGUUACCAUCUACUUCAGUGAUAUUGUCGGUUUCACGUCCAUGUCUGCGGAGAGUACACCGUUACAGGUAGUGGAUUUUCUCAACGAUCUGUACACGUGCUUCGACUCGACGAUACAAAAUUAUGACGUCUACAAAGUCGAAACUAUUGGAGACGCUUACAUGGUGGUGAGCGGACUGCCGAUAAGAAACGGCAUUCAACAUGCUGGAGAAAUAGCGAGCAUGUCGUUGUGCCUUUUGGACGCGAUUAAGCAGUUCGCCAUCCGCCACCGGCCACACGAUAAACUGCAACUUCGAAUAGGAAUACAUUCCGGUCCAGUGUGCGCUGGCGUUGUCGGGCUAAAAAUGCCGCGUUAUUGUUUGUUUGGGGACACGGUGAAUACAGCCAGCCGCAUGGAGUCGACAGGAUUACCGCUGAAAAUCCACUGUAGUAGCGAAACGAAACAGCUACUAGACAAGUUAGGAGGAUUCACCCUAGUCGAACGUGGGGUAGUUUCCAUGAAAGGGAAAGGCGAGCGCUUGACGUACUGGUUAAUCGGCGAGGACCCGAUUCUACGUAGCACGCGUAGCGAAGAAAGAGCAAGCAAACGUAAUAGCAGCAAAAAAAACAGCAUGACCGACCAGCUAGUUCCACGCAGCUCCCUGAAGAACAAAUCCCUGGUCAGGUCGACGUAUAUGCGUUGCUCCAGCGAGUCGCCGAAGCGGCUGCGAUUCGCCAGCUCGGACCAGCUCGACCAGAAGAGCUCGAGGGUGAGCAACCAGCUGGAGUCGAUCGUCGACAACAGUCCCUGCAAAACGAAGACCUCGUGCGCGAUACGAUCAUCCUGCAUGGAGAGCUGGAGAUCGUCCAGCAAUUCUUGCCCCUGCGUCGAGAAGCUGUGCGACCAAGAGGCGCAGCCGGACCUGCUGCGGCGCCAGCUACCAUCAGACAUGAAGAACACGCCAUCGCUGCGCACGAAUUUGAUAUUCGGCAACGAGUCGUGCCUGCCGCGCAGCAGCGCGAAAAAUCUGCACCUCGGCGCGCCCGGCUUGCUUCAAGUCACCUGCAGAUCCGCACCGAGCAGUCCCCGGCACAGUGCGACGGUGCUGAACGCCCAGAAGAGAGCGGCACAGUCCAACGAGGAGAUCGACGGAUGGGACGUAAUGACGCCGUUGAUUUAUUAUCCCGCCGGUCACCUGGAUAACUGAACGAGUAGUCCAGUGAGCAGGCUCGAUCAAUCGGAAUCCUUCGCGGGAUACGGACGAAUUCUCGUCGUUGAAUGGUCGCGUCGAGCGACUUGAAGCAAGAACCGCAUUACCCUGGCGGAAACGCAGCGAAGAUACAUCCGCACGGCUGCGCGUGCGAACGUGAAAGAGGCGUCUCUGCAGGAACAGCUUGACAAUCGGUAAAGUUCCGUGAACGCGACAUCGCGCGGACUCGAAUAUCGAUUGAGCGUCGUAAUCUCGUGCGUCGUGCGACGCACUUUCGAACGGCGAGACUUUUCGAUCUCUCGCUCGCAGUAACACGACGCGGUACCAAAGCGGACUAUACGUACAAACGAGAUAUAUUAUAUCUCACACAUAUACGUGCGUCAACGUAUUCGUAGCUAAUUCUCUCUCUCUCUCUCUCUCUCUCUCUCUCUCUCUCUCUCUCUCUUUCCCUCUAUCUUUCUCUCUUUUUAUCUCUCUUUCUAUCUAUAUGUCUAUCUAUCUAUUUAUUUCUCUCUUUCUUGUUCUCCCUUUCCCCUCCCUCAUGCAGAAACGUCAGUACGUAAAAAUAGCAUAUUCCUUAUAUUAGCGUAGACGAACGUAAAAGGCUCGUGCUUCUUAUGCUAAGCAAGCGUCUAGUCAGUGAUAAUUUAAGCGCCACGUUCACGUUGUCUCUUGCAUUUCCGUGCGCCGUCGAAUGUCACUUCCCGGCGUGAAGAGCUAAGCCAUCUGUAAACAUUGCGUGUGGAUUCGCGAGUCACCGUCGACAGCGAGACGAUGAAAGUAUUAUUAAUAUUCUUACACAAAUUUUUCAGAGGUCUUUUAACGAACAAACGAUGCGUAUAAUCUGAGAGGAGGAGAUAGAUGUACUUACGCGACACGUUUUCUUCGUCCCCAUUUUCUCUCCUUGAAGAAAUGUAUAUCAAUAAAAUAUGGAUGAAUAAAAACGUCUU